UAUUAUUAAUAUCAUGAAACAAAAAAUGAAAUCAAAUAAUUAUAACAAUGAUUUAAUAAUGACAUUUGCUUUUAGAAAAUUUAUUUCUAAAUACUUAUUCAAACUUUCCAGUUAAAUUAUGAAGAUAGUAAAUGAAUCAACUAUUGCAUCAACUUUAUCUUCAUCUUUGCCACCUUGUUCACCUGAAAUAGUCAUACGAUAUGGAGAUUGUGUUGGAAGUGAAGUUGAAAAAUGGUUGGAAGAUGAAGUACUAGCAGGGUUUCGAGUUUGGCAACUUGCUGGCAUAAUUCUUUCUAUUCUACUUAGUAUAUUGAUUGGAUUUUGUUGUUGCAUCAGAUUCAGAGUACCACGAACUAAACAAGAAAUAGAAGCUGAUUAUAUUCGAAAAAAAAUAACAGACAAUUUUAGACAUGAGUUAUCUAAAAUCAAUAAUAUAGAAAUGAAUGAUAUGGAUUUGAAAAAAGCAUUAAGCAAAAUUCAAAAUAAAUUUGAUAUAGAAACUUAUGAAGUACAAAAACUUCAUGAAGAAUUAACAUAUAAAAAUAUGCAUAAAUUGCAUUCAAAAUUCAAUGGAAUAUUUAAUGGAAUUUAUUUUAAUAAAUAA